UUAGGGGAAUCUGGUCCCAUCUCUGUCAUUAACAAUAUGGGCAACUCUCAGGAAAAUAAUUUCACCUCCCUGUGCUUCCAUUUCCCCAUCUGUAAAACAGGGGUUGACUUAUUUUUUGUAAAGAGCUUAAGAACUUGAGAUCCACUGAGAUAAAGCAUUGCAGGAGGGUCAGAUAUUAUUAGUAUUAAAGUCCCCUCUGAGCUGUGGGACACUUGUUGAGAAGGCCUAGCAGCUCAAAUAUGAAGAAUGGCACUGCUACAUGCUCUGCCCUUCUACUGCAGAGAAACAGAGGGAACAGACACCUUAUCAAAAACCUUAGAGUCUAAUGAGGUAUUGUCUCCAUUUCAAAUUCCACCACGGCCAACUGUGUCACAAGAUAGGUAUGAGAAGUUCAGGAAUGAAUUUCAAUGGUGCAGGCUUCCCUGGGGAGCAGAAAGAGAACAUGGAGAAAUUGUACCAGUUUCAUUGCCAGAAGAUCACAGGCUAAAGAAUGAACCUUCUUGUAUGUUUACAAAAGGACAUCAACAGUAUGGGUAUAGUGGGGAUCUCUGGCCAAGAGGUCUUCCCAUUGAGCAGAGUUAUGAUACAACCCAGUUGAAAAAGAGUGACAUCUUCAUGAAUGAUGAUCUGCUCCCUAAACCACCAGAUGGUUCAAUUGAGCAACUGUGCCUGCCAUUUCCAGUCACCCACCCCUACCAGACGCACAUCUCCAGGUAUGCCAUGUUCCCAAACUUUAAAUCACCUGAGGAUAAAGACGUGGGCGUUGAAGCAAGCAGUCACCAGCCUUUUCAUCCUAAUAUCCCUACAAAGCCUUAUGAUGUGAUUAUUUUCAGAAAGGCCAAAGGUAACCCAUAUAGACAUGAAAUCAUCAGGAUUCCAUAUGACUCCCAGAAGGAGGCCUUACAGUGGCCAGGACAACACACAUACGUUCACCUUCCUAAAUUUGUUGAAGGAAGUGGUCAGAGGUAUUAUCCAAAGCCUCCGAAGACUGUGGCUCCCAACACUACUUUCAAACCAUUAGUACCUAAUCUCUCUGCAAGAACAACCAACAUGCUACGGAAUUUAGAAAGGUCCCAUUGGAUAACAUCUUAUCACCAUGAUUUCACAGGUAGAGGUCCUAUGCAGCCCCUUGUAUUGGAUGAUUAUGACGUGAAGCUAAUUGGCAGAAUAACUGGAGAAUUAGGGGAAGAUGUGGAACUUAAAGAAGCAUUUCUGCCUAGUCUGUCCCAAGUGAGGCCUUUAGAAGGGCGCAUUGCACGUUUACUCCGAGGACAACAUCCCCAUGAAUCGGUUUUACAAGAACAAGAUUACUUCAACAUUCACACACCUCCACGUGCAUGUACAGCUCAUGCCUUCUUACCCCGUUACUCAGAAGUGAUGCUGAGUAACCAAAAAGCAGAAGCAAAUAUGGGUCAACAAUGUAAACACACAGAAACCAAGACCAAGAGAAGGGCUGAAGUCCAACUGCAGCUACUUCACCUACCUCAGGCAUGGUACCAGAGAGAAGAGAGUCAGAAUAAAAAGUUUCCAGUUAAUAAAUUUCAGAAAAUCACCGAUACAUGGCAAACUGAGGCUUUAUACAGAAGGCAGCUUGCAGUAAGACCUGAAUCUGAACUUCCCUCCAAUUCUGUGAAUUCCUGUUACUAUGAAGAUUUGAAACCCAGCCGUUUGGACAACUAUAUAGUAUGGCACAACCCAGUUAGCCUAAGCAAGCCUGGCUUAUUGAAUAAUAGUAGAGAAGGUGGACAUAUUAAACACAAGCACAGUGCUCCAGAGGAAAUCCUGUCUGCAUUGAGUUUGGAGGGAAGUUCACCCAACAGGGCAUUACCUGAAUGGAUUCCCAAUUCUGGGGUGCCUCAGCCUCAGACAGCAUUGCUGGAGCUUCAAGAUUCUUUUUGUAAAACAGCAGCGCAGAAACGUUUUCAUGAUUCUAUUAAAGGAGAAGCAAAGGACCUCAGAGAGAAUAUCUGGGAAGGAAAAAGGCACAGAUUCUAUGGCUUCAAUUCUUUUUAUUUCUAUAACUGAGGUGUUCCUUUGUCCUUUUAAAUAUAUCACAGCAAAUAAAAAAAGGACGCAGUCAGACUCUCUCAUUGUACUUUGUCAUGUUCAAGAUAGAUUCAUUCAAAUGGUAGCAGGGCAGAGAAGGGCUACUAAGUUGAUCAAGGGAACGGAGAAGCCUGUCGUGAGAGGAGACUAAAAGAGCCAACUUGUUUAGCCCAGCAGAAUGAAGGCCGAAGGGAUUUGGUUGCUGUCUGUAAAU